GACAGCUGGGGCAGCUCAGGACACACCUGGGGACACACCUGGCGACAGCCACCUCGAUCUCCAUGGCAACGGCCCCCGAACACCUGGAUCUCCAUGGAAACAGCCCAAAACUCACUGAUCUCCAUGGAAACCGCCCCGAACCUGUUGAUCUCCACGGAAACGACCUCGAACUCUUCAAUCUCCAUGGCAACCACCAUGAACUCCUUGAUCUCCGUGGAAACUACCCCAAACUUGGUGAUUUUCUUGGAAACCACCCCAAACCCAUCGAUCUCCAUGGCAACGACCAUGAACCCCUCAAUCUCCAUGGAAACCAACCCAAACUUGUCGAUCUCCAUGGAAACGACCCCAAACCCAUCCAUCUCCACGGCAACCACCCAAAACCUGUUGAUCUCCAUGGAAACCAACCCAAACUUGUCAAUCUCCAUGUAAACGACCCCAAACCCAUCGAUCUCCAUGGCAACAACAUCGAACUCCUUGAUUUUCAUGGAAACCACCCCAAACCCAUUGAUCUCCAUGACGACCACCCCGAACCCCUCGAUCUCCAUGGAAACGACCCCGAACCCCUCGAUCUCCAUGACGACCACCAUGAACCCCUCGAUCUCCAUGAAACCACCCUGAAACCCUCGAUCUCCAUGGAAACCACCCCGAACCCCCCGACCUCCACGACAGCGACGCCCCUCCCCAGCUGUUCCACCCGCGGGGCCCCGCCCGGCGCCGCCGCGCCGCGCCGCGCGCCUGCAAGGAAACCUUCUCGGUGUUCUACCACGAGUCGGACGCCGACACGGCCACGGCCACCUCGCCGCCCUGGAUGGAGAACCCCUACGUCAAGGUGGACACCGUGGCCGCCGAGCACCUGGCGCGCUGGCCGGGGAGCGGCGGCGGCGCCGGGCCGCGGGGCCGCGUCAACCGCAAGGUGCUGCGGCUGGGCCCGCUGAGCCGCGCCGGCUUCUACCUGGCCUUCCAGGACCUGGGCGCCUGCAUGGCGCUGCUCUCCGUGCGCCUCUUCUUCCGCCGCUGCCCGGCCGCCACCGCGCGCCUGGCGCGCUUCCCGGCCACCGUGCCCGCCGAGCUGGUGGCGCCCGUGGCCGGGGCCUGCGUGCCGGGCGCCGUGCCGGCGGGCGAGGGCCGGCCGCUGAUGUACUGCCGCGAGGACGGGCGCUGGGCCGAGCCGCCCGCGCUGGGCUGCGUCUGCGGGGUCGGCAUGGAGCCGAGCGAGGGGACGGGGUGCCGGCCCUGCCCCCCCGAGACGUUCAAGGCGGAGGCGGGGGGGGGUCGCUGCCGGCCCUGCCCCCCCCAGAGCGAAGCCCCCUCCCCCGGCGCCGCCGCCUGCCCCUGCCGGGCCGGCUUCUUCCGCGCCCCCGGAGAGGGACCCCCGGACCGCUGCUCCGCGCCCCCCUCGGCCCCCCGCGCGCUGGCGGCGCAGGUGAACGGCUCGGGGGUCCGCCUGUCCUGGAGCCCCCCCCGGGCGGGGGGCGAGCGCCCGGACCUGCGCUACCACGUGGGGUGCCGGGCGUGCCCCCCGCCCCGGGGCGCGCCCCCCGCCUGCGGGCCCUGCGCCGGCCUGGCCUGGACGCCCCCUCCCCAGGGGCUGCGGACCCCCGCGGUCAGCGCGGCCGGGCUGCGCCCCCGCCUCACCUACAGCUUCCGGGUCAGCGCCCGCAGCGGGGUCACCCCCCCCGGGACCCCCGAGCCCCCCGCGGCCGAGAUCAACGUCACCGCGGGGGCCGACGUGCCGCCCCCCGUGUGGGACGUGGUGCGCGUGGGGGAGGGGCCCGGGGGGGUCACCCUGGCCUGGCCCAGCCCCCCCCCGGGCCCCCCCGGGCCCCCCGUGCUGGACUACGAGGUCAAGUUCUACCAGAAGUGCCGCGGCCGCGGGCGGAGCUGGGGGGGCUGCGCCGGGGGGGGCUCUACGGGGUGCGGGUGCGGGCGCGCUCGCCGGGGGGCUACGGCGACUUCGGGCCCGAGACCACCGUCAGCAUCCCGGGCAGUGAGGGGUCCCGGGGGGGUCCCGGGGGGGGCCGUGGCCGGAGCCGCUGCCCUGGGGGGGCUCCUGGUGCUGGCGCUGCUGGGGGGGGCCCUGCUCGGCCUCAGGCGCUGGCGGCUCCGGGCGGAGAAACGGCAACGAGACCCCGGGGGGCGCGGCGGCGUGUUCUACAUCGACCCCCUGACCUACGAGGAGCCCGAGGUGGCGCUGAGGGACCUGGCCCAGGAGAUCGACGUCACCUGUGUCACCAUCUGCGAGGUCAUCGGGGCAGGCGAGUUCGGCGAGGUGUGGCGCGGGCGGCUGGCGCUGCCGGGCCAGCCCGAGGCCGAGGUGGCCGUCAAGACGCUCAAGGGCGGCGCGGGCGAGCGGCAGCGGCGCGAGUUCCUGCGCGAGGCCGCGCGCAUGGCGCAGUUCCUGCACCCCAACGUGCUGCGGCUGCGCGGCGUCGUCAGCGCCGGCUCGCCCGCCAUGAUCGUCACCGAGUUCCUGGAGCACGGCGCGCUCGACGCCUUCCUCAGGGUGGGGACACCGAGGGGACAAUGGGGACGGCCGGGAGGGGGACGCUGUCCCCGCUGCAGCUGGUGGCCAUGCUGCGCGGCAUCGCCGCCGGCAUGCGCCUACCUGGCCGAGGCCGGCUUCGUGCACCGCGACCUGGCCGCGCGCAACAUCCUGGUGGACGCGCACCUCGUCUGCAAGGUGUCCGACUUCGGGCUGUCGCGGGCGCUGGAUGGGACAGGGACAACGACCCCACCUACACCAGCUCCCUGGUGA